AAACUAAGCUUCGAUAUUUCACCACGUUCGAACAAUCUGAAUCUUCGAAAAGCACUUCCGAUGUCAACAACUGCAGACUUCCGGCCAAGUUUGACGUGGAACGAAACAACUUUUGACUGACGGUUUCGCAUGGUUAAACAAUAUGUCUGCUUCGGACGAAGAAGAUUUUGCCAGUGCUGAAGAGGGUGAGGAAAUCAAAGGAAAAAAGCCAGUCAAGAAAGGUGCCAAGGGAGAGCAAAAUAGACCUUCAUCUGCUAAGGGAAAGCAGUCAAAACGAUCUACUGGUGAUAAGCAAGGAAAGCAGAAAAAGAAAGAAGCAGAAUCAAUUAACAAAGAAACACCGCGAGUUGGUGAAACAGCGAAAGGUAGCGUCAAAAAGUGUUGGAAGAACAGAAAAGCAGAGUAUCAGAGCCAGCACAGGCCACACACCCCCUCAGCUCAGAAGACCACAGCACUGAUAAUAAACCUGCAGUAGCCCCUGCCAAUGCUCUCAAGGAAAUAAUAGGUACAACACAUAGUAAGGAAGUAACAACUAGUUCUUCUAGAAAUAUUGUACAAGAACCAAUGAAAGGCACUGUUCCAGAGAAUGUUUCUGGAGAAGAUGAGAUGAAUUCUGAAAUUUCUGCUGUAGCUGCAGGAGACACGCAGCAACAGCCUCAACCUAAACUACAGCAAACUGAGUCAGAGAACCCAUCAGUGCAAGUGAUUUCACGAGAUGCUGGUGAUGCAGUGGCUGCAGAGGACGAAGGGGGCCAAACAGAUGCCAAGAGUGAUGAGGGCUGGAGUUGGGGAUGGGGGUCUUCCUUUAUUAAUGCAGCAACAUCUUCUCUGGAGACUUUCACUUCUCAAGUUGGUGAGGGGUUAGCAACUAUCAUUGACACCGUAGAGUCGAGUCUUGGAGUUCCUGAUCCUCAGGAGCUUGCCCAAGCUGAAGCAGCUGUAGAAAAAGCCUCGGAACCCAAUGGCGCUGAGAGAGUAGAAGGAACAGCGCAACCAUGUGAAAAAGAAAGCACAGAUAAAGGGAAGAGAGAACUAGUUCAGAAUGAAAAGGGAGCAGAGGUACAGGCAGGCAACCGUCUUCUUGAAGAGGAAGUGCAGGAAAAGAGUAGCUGGCUUUCAGGCUGGGGGAUGUCCAGCCUCACCUCCAUGGGCAAAUCGUUGGUCAACAAAAGUCAGUCACUGAUGAACUCUGGCUUUGAAAAGGCAGAAGUUCUGGCUGCAGGAGGCCUGGAUAUCCUUGAGACCAUUGGUAAAAAGACAUACACCACCCUGACAGAACAUGACCCAGGACUGCGGCGAGCGCGAGAGUUUUUGCACCUUCAAGGAGAGAAACCCAGCUUGUCAUCUGUGUUAAAAGAAGCCCAGGAACAGGCAGAGAAGCAGGCAAAGCUAGACGAAGAGUUCAAAGAAGCUCUUAAGAUCAACUUUGGAGCUUUGUUUGAAGAUAAUCAAGGUUUUGCACAUUUGGAAGCUCUUGAAAUGCUGUCCAACCAGAGUGAACGAAAAGUGCAGUCUUUGCUGUCACACAUGGCAGAUGAUGAUCUGGAGUUAGUGCGGCCACAUCUGGUUGAGAUCAAAGAUGUUUUUCAGCAGUUGGGAGAAGUACAAGAGAAGGAGACAGCAGAUGAGUUGGAGCAUGACUUCAGCAAACUGGUGACAGAAAAUCUUUCUGAACUCCACAUGGGAACAACCCCAGACAAACUCAACCAGGUUCAGGAAUCUGUACGACAGUGGAUUGCUGACUUUUACUCCCAUGAGGAUCAUGGUAAAAUCUCUGAUGUCAAGGAGGUACAGCAAAGAGCUAUCCAGUCACUAGCAGAAGUGACAGCCAAAGCAGUUGAGCAAUUUCACAAGGCUGGGGAGCUGGUUUUGUUGCAGAAUGAUGCAGAGAAGAGUUGUGUUCAUCGAGCUAAGAGCUUAGCUAGGCUGGCUCAGGUGUUGGUGACAGAGGUGGAUAUCCUUGCUACCAAAUUUUCCGAGUGCCUCAACAAAAUUGCUGAAGAGAAAAACAUCGCGGAUGAAGUGAAUCCCAUGGUUACAAAUAUCUAUUUGGAGGCCAGCAAUGCUUGCGGCUACAUUCAGGAUGCUUUUCGACUGCUGCUGCCCGUUCUUCAGCAUGCUGCUUUGCAGUCAGCUGUAAACAAGAGCCUGUCUUAGUCUAUGGCCAAAGCACCAGCUUUUGUGUCGUACAAGUUCAGCAGUGGGACAUCUGGGAAUUUUAUCUCAGGUGUGUUAAAGGAGUCAUGCAGAAUAUCAUCUUGCAGAUGUUGACAUCUAUCAUGGGCUGAUUAAUCUACUAACCUGCUCAUGAAUAUCUGCAAGCAAUCUUCAGAUCCUGUAGCCUGGCUGUAAAGCUUUAUGAAACAUUUCUGACCAGUCCAGCAUUUUUGGAAUACUUUGGAAGAGUACUUUAACCCUUCAUUAAAAUGGUAAACUUAUGGGCAUUGCAGAAACCUGCAGGUAACAUUAUGAACUAUAUGUGUAUGUCCUAGAAUUUGCACAUUAUAAAUAAGUUUUGUGCAAUUUUUUUAUGCCAUUGCAUCGUUGUGAUGUUUGAAGAAAGGCUGUGGUGGGGGGUUGUGAUAUUAUUAAGGGCAUAAAAGUUCUGAGGUGACAUGUUGAAGACUUUUAGCAUUUCAUCAGUUAAAAACAUUUUUGUUAAACCACAGUGGAGAUGUUCUGUUGCUUAUGCUGGGAUGUACCAUAUCCUGCACUAGUUUAUGGUGGCUUUUUAAACUAGAGCAGAUAAAUCAGCAUAUAUCAUUUUGAGGUAUGAGGUAUGCAAAAAAAAAAAAAAAACAACCUAAAAUCAAAUCAAAAUCUUACAGUUUUAAAAUUUUGCCAUGGGCAUAUAUAUCUGGACUGCUUGCUGAUAUCAACUCUUAGCUUGUUGCAAAGUUGUAGACUGUCAGCUCUUGAACCAUUUAGCAGUUUAAAUCUGCUUAAUUUAAUAUCACAAUACUGUGAUAAAUUUGUUAAAGAUAUUCUUAAAUUGGCAAUAGACACAUAAUAAAUUAUGACUUAGUUACUUUUUAUUUCUAUUUUGGCAAAAACCUUUGAACUUCACUUCACAUCACAUUAGAGCGAAUAAACUGAAAACAACAGAUCGUAAAGUUUGAGCUUUUGUACAUCCACCAACAUGAGAGUUCACAUUGUCUGCUUUUCUUCUUGAUGGUGACAGUUUAACCAGGAGCAAAUUUGUUCUUUGGACUCAUUCUAGAUUUUAACACAAAAAAAUUUAUCUGCAAACAGUCUAGGAGAGAGAUAUGUCCAUGACAUUGCUAAACAUGGCCUGGUAAAACUUGUAGUCCAGCCUACUGUUCGAGUCCACCCUUCUGACUUCAUCUUUUUUUUUUUUUUUUUUUGCUGCAGACUUGUCCAAAGUUUUAAAAUGGGAAUAAAAAUUUUCUUUACAAAGGCAGGCAAGGAAAUCAAGAACUUUCAAAUGAUGCUGUGGUUCUGUGUAUCUAUGUUGAACUUCAUCUGCUUCAGAGUAUAAAAAAAAAAAAGUAUCAUUAAAAAGAAAGGUGGAGGUUUUCAGUGCACCAUUUUCCGUUCAUUUAGUGGCUCGCUCAUUAGAAGUAAACUGAAAAAUUUUUUUUUACCAAAUUUUGAUUUGGUCACAACUGUGAACUUCUGAUAAUUUAAAUCAUCACAGAUUGUGAAAGUAAAUGCAAUAAUGUUGAAUGAUCUUUGGUGUUGUAUAGGGUUUGGGCCUGUAAGUUUUUUUUUUUUCUGAUGGCUAGAGUAAUGGCAUCCAAGACAUGCAUGCUAGCUGGUUUGAUGCAACGUACUUCUAGCUGAGGAGCAGGUACCUACCUCCAUAAAGAGUUGAGGAAGGUAAAGCAGAAAGGGAGAAGAGAUGGUCAUUACCCUCACAAAAGCUGGCCCUAAGAUCAGUGAGGGCUCUAACACUUUACUGCCCUAAGACCAAAAGGUCACAGGCUUGCCUUUAGAGGUCUGCAUAGGAAUGUGACAGCAUAGCAAUUUCAAGCACAUUUGUUAAUAUUAGCCCAUCUCUUUUUUGUGGGGUAAUUAUUUGCACAAGACAGAACUGCUACUUAUUUCAUUUUUGUAACUAUAGCAUUUUUCCUUUUAGUUUCUUGUAAGCCAAAAUUGUUUUAUUACGGCACACAAUAUAUCCUAGCUUCUGCUGUCUACAGUCAUUAAAAUUCAUGUUUCCUUUGUCAUCACCUGUUGACACAGUAGCUGUCAAUAUUCAAAAUCAAUGGGUUCAGUGUAUUAAGACUGUUACUUGGUUUAACCUGUCUAGUAUCCUGGAAAAAUGUAAAUAAAUACUGAAGGAUUUUUUUUCUAAAACAUUUAAUAAUUUCCUAGCUGGCCCUUAAAAGAAAACUUAUUUUUGAAGUAUCAUUUCAAGGAAUAGGCGCAGUUGAGUUAGAAGUAUCUAAAUGUGAAUCUUAAAAGCUUCCAGGUGAUGCCAGUGAAGCAUAUUCAUAGCCACAUUUAUGAGCUGUACUAUUGUAAAUAAAUAUCAGUAAGGUU